AAAGAAAAAAAAAAAAACGCGAGUCGCAUGCACAAAUGUAUGUUUCGAGCCUUCAGGGGCAAUGAAUUAUUCGAGACAUUCGUCUGUGCCCUAUAUCUGCUCUUCGAAAGAGACGAGUGAAUUUUCGCUUGGGAAUAAUGCGAGUGUAUUCCGCCUGCACGGUGCCCCCGUCGCAGUGUCCGAAGGAAAUGAAGCGGCCCGCACGCGCAUCAGGAACGCUCGGCUGUCGGCCAAGCACCUGUACAUCAUCCUCUGGAAGAACGUGUACGUCAAGAGGCUGUGCCGCCACUACAUGGCCACGCUGGUCGAGAUCGCCCUCAUCGUGACACUGCUGCUGGGCAUACAGGAGGACUCCGUGGUCCGGGAACCGUUUGUCAGACGAGGCGACACCUUCUAUCAGCCCAUGCAGACGAACGCCUUCUGGAACACCCAGGGGGACCUGGCCUACAUUCGGGAGGUCUACUACUUUGCGGCCAAGAACCAGUACAUCAACCGGCUGACGCGGGACGCCUUCCACAGGCUGGGCGUCGUCGCCGUGACCGAGGUGCCCACCGUACGUCAGCUAAUGAGCAUGCACGAAAACGCCAUUAGUGAGAACGAUACGAAGGCUGUGUCAUCGGUGUUGCUCCACUACACCAGCGUUACUAGCAACGACACCCACUUGCAACCCGCCAGCCUUCAUGUUUCGUUCCUCGCUGGCAGGCUCCCAUUUGACGUGCAGGUGAACUACCGGCAGCGCCUGCUCUCUCAGCCCGAGGGCCCCUCGGCCGAGGAGCGGUUCCCCGAGAUGCACACCCUUCUUCCCAUCAUGGGAGCGCUGCAGCAGCGCCACCUGGAGCUGCAGGCCGAGAUUGCCGGCUACAAGGAUCCCCUGAAGGAGGUUCGGCUGGUCAGGUUCCCGUUUCCCGCGCACAUCGAGCACCACGACCAAAAGAACUACGCCCUGGUGCUGACGCGUUUCUGCAUCGGUAUGCUUGUCCCCUUCUGCCUGUUCGUCGCCAGGCUGACCGACGAGAAGGCCACCGGCGUCAAAGAGAUGCUGCGUGUGGUGGGCGUGAACGACUGGGUCUACUGGGCGAGCCACUACCUGAGCUCCUUCUUCAUGCACCUGAUCGUCGUGACGCUGAUGCUGCUGUUCAUGUGCGUCAAGCGCAACGUCCAAGGGCGCGCCUUCAUACAGUUCAGCGACCCCUUGCUCCUGUUCGUCAUACUGAUGUUCUUCUGCAGCCAGUGCCAAGUGCACGGCAUGUUCCUGUCCCUGUUCUUCGCGAACCCGCAUUCUGCCGUCGCGGGUGCCCUGCUCUACUGGACGUGUAGUUGCGUGAUGCCGUUCCUGUUCCUGGAACACGCUGGAGGACAGGGCUACUACUACAUCCCCCGCAGGAGCAAGUUGUUGACCGCUAUCUUUCCCGGGAUGAGCCUUCACUGGAGCUUUCGAGUGCUAGAGCGGUUCGAGAAGUUUGUGCCGAACGGAGCCAACUGGCUGAACUUCUACGACCGCACCGCCACGCCCGACAACGUUACGCUCGCGGAAAUCGUCUUCGUGGGAUUCCUGUUCGACUGCUUUCUCGCCAUCCUCAUAUGGUACCUCGACAACGUGAUUUCGCUCGGCCCAGGCAUCCCAAAGUCCUACCUGUUCCCGUUUAAGGCAAGCUACUGGAUACCAACCAUGACGGUGGCACCACCGCCAUCGAGAACGGCGGGCGAGCUGAACAACUUCGAAGAGGAACCCAUGGACCAACUGGUGACCAUUGACCUUGUCAACACCUGCAAGGACUAUGACGGCGUUGUAGCCGUGGACGACGUCUCCCUGCGCAUUUACGACAACCAGAUCACGGUGCUGCUGGGACACAAUGGAGCCGGCAAGUCGACGCUUCUCAACAUGAUCACGGGUUUCCUGCCAUCUAGCAGUGGAGCAGUGUUGGUGAAUGGCUACAACAUAAUGACCUGCACCGGCGAAGCCCGGCAAAGCAUGGGGUACUGUACGCAGUACAACGUGUUCUUCGAGGACCUGACCGUCGAAGAGCACGUGAUGUUCUUCGCUAUAGUGAAGGGCGUGCCGCUGAGUAAAGCGCGACAGGAGGUCUACAACUUGCUGCAGGACACCAGCCUGUACAUCCAUCGCACCGUUCUCGCCGUCGACCUCUCGCCUGGCCUCCAGCGCCGCCUCUGCACAGCGCUAGCAAUCGUGGGCAUGCCGAAGGUGGUUAUCUUGGACGAGCCAACUACCAACAUGGACUCGGACGGACGGCGCGAACUGUGGGAGCUGCUGCUCAAGCUGCGGCGCACCACCUGCGUCCUGCUGACCACCCAGCACUUGGACGAGGCGGACGUGCUGGGCGACCGGGUCGCGAUCAUGGCCAACGGGCGUAUAAGGUGCACCGGCUCACCGAUGUUCCUGAAGCAUCGCUUUAGCACUGGCUAUCGCAUGCAAAUCAACAAGCUGCCAACCAAGUGCGACGUGCCGGCCAUUGUGGAGCUGCUGCGCAAGUACGCGCCAAAAGCGAGUGUGCAGAGCGACUCUGCCAACGAGGCGGUGUUCCUUCUGGGACAGAUCAUCGCCACGAAAAUCAUCGUUGACAUGUUUAAGGAUAUCGAGCAACGGACAAAGGAACUUGGCAUCGAGUCAUUGGGCCUCACCAUGACCUCCCUCGAGGACGUCCUAAUCAGCGUGGGAGAGGAGCAUCACGUGCACCGCCAGCAGCGAGUUCCGCAGGCCCUCCAGGAUGACGCAUCGGCCAUGGAAGCCAAAAUUCCCGUGGUGCAGAACAUGGUCGACACGACAGCCUCGGAGGCGACCCUGCUGGCUCGCCUGCGUGCCGUGUUCACCAAGCGUGCCAUCCACGUGUGGCGCGAGAAGCGGAUGCCGCUCUUCAGCUGGGUGCUGCCGCCGCUGUUGCUGUGGCUGCUGUUCGUGCUCGAGUUCUGGGGCUUGCGCGGCAGCUUGCGCGACGUGCAGAACGUGGACGACACGCUCGGGUACAACUUCCCGGAGAUCGUCGUGUUCGCCGUGGGUUUCUCGCAGGUCGACGACGAGGAGGAAUUCCGGCAGCGCUACUUCGAGCCCAUGUUCAGUAAUCGGCGCCAAUACUUCAUAAGAGACGUAGCUACGGAUGUGGACGUUGCCCGCGCUCUUCUGGGCUACGCAAGUGGCAACUUCUUCAAAUACGUCUUCAGUGUCCACUUCGGCUAUCAGAUUACCAAGGCGACGGGGUACGUCGCUAUUUAGCCGUGUACAAGCGCGGUCGCGUUGCAUGCCAAGACGUCAUCACGAUGACGCUAAAUUAUGGGGAUGUUCCUCGCUGCAGUAACAACAAACAAACGAAAAAGAACGAAGUACCUCAGUAUGUUUUUAAAUGGCCACUAGAAGGUUCUUCCAAUAAAUUUCAUCCCGAG